UUCUGAAGCAGAAACAAAUUCAUUCUGUAUCGGGCUUGUUAUGUGAGACAUGCCUCCCUUAUUUCUGGUGAUUUUAGCUCCUCUAGUUUUGCAAGUUUUAGCAGCAGUUCCGGACAAUCCAGGAGAUGGAGAUAAGCCAAUCGUCACCUUCAUACCGGAUUACAGAAAAAUGUUCUACAAUGAGACCCUGACUAUAGCAUGUCUUGGGGGGAAAGGACAGCAAACGUAUACCUGGUACCGGAAGAACAAUAAACUGGAGUCAAACCAGCAGAACUUUACCAUGGAUUCCAUUCAGUUAUAUGAUCGUGCAAACUACCAGUGCCAAAUCGGCAACAGUGCUCUAAGUGACCCAGACCGGCAGCAUGUCGUUACUGAUCUUACCAUUUUGCGAGUGCCUCGCUAUGUGUUUGAAGGCGAUAUCCUACACCUCAAAUGUGACAGCCGUCUUGAUGUGAAUACCACCAAAGCCAUGGUGACCUUCUACAAGGACUUUAAAUACUUAAAGGGCAAAAGCACAGAGACUUCUUUAUUAAUUGGAAAAGUUGAUAAGAGCAUGUCUGGAAGGUAUAAAUGCUCAAAAGAAGCCUCCUUAAAUGAUGUUCAGAAGACUAGUGAUGAUGACGAAUACAUUGAAAUUACAGAGUUGUUUUCCCCACCAGAACUUAAGAUAUACCCAAACCCCAUCCAGGUGGGUUCCAACAUGACCCUGACUUGUGUGACUGUUCUUCACCCUCUAAGAGCAGCUACAGAAUUGCAAUUCGCCUUCUAUAGGAACGGAUGGCAUGUUAGAGGGUUCAGCUCAUCAAAUACUUUCACCAUCCGCUCUGUAAGACAAAAGGAUUCCGGAGAUUAUUUCUGUGAAGUGCAAACAUUGACCGGCAGUGUUAAGAAGAUGAGCAAAUUGGUCUCCAUCCAGGUACAAGUGGUUGAAAAGCCAAUGGUGGUUUUCUCCUUAAACUGGGACAAGAUUUUGAGAACGGAUUCGAUUACAAUACAGUGUGUCUCUUUUGGGACAAUUCGAUUCGGCCAAAAAUAUACCUGGUACAAAAAUAAUAAUAUCAUGCUCAAAGAUCGCCAGUCAUUCGGGAUUUAUACUGCAGCUGAUAGCGACAUCGGAAAUUACCAGUGCCAAACAGAUUCUGGAGAAAAGAGUGAUCCGGUACACCUCGAUGUUUUCUUUGUCUGGCUCAUCUUGCAAGUCCCAAACUUUAUCCACGAGGGGGACUCUGUCACACUGAAAUGUUACAUGUGGCGUACCGGUGUAGCCAAAAACACAACGUUUUACAAAGAUGACAAGAUGAUAAAAUUUGCGGACAAUCUUUCAGAUUUGGACCUUGGAGUUGUGUCCAAAGAUGCAAGUGGAAAAUACAAAUGCACACGAUUUAUAAACACCGGUUCAGCUUCAAAGAUUUAUACUGCUGAGGAAUUUAUUUCAGUAGCAGAUCUUUUUUCUCCCCCGGAAGUAUUAGUCAGCCCAUACUCAAUGAAUGAAGGUGCGGACAUGACUCUCACCUGCCACACCAUCCUCAGUCCCCGGAAACAGUCUACAGAAUUGGUUUUUACCUUCUACAAAGAUGGGCAGCAAGUGCAGAACCCCGGUGCAUCGGAGAAGUACGAGAUUCAGUCAGUGCAGCCAAAGGAUUCUGGGAUUUAUACCUGUAAAGUGUCUAAUAAACAAGGAACUGUGACUAAGACGAGCAAAGCGACUUCCGUCCAAAUACAAGGUAUGGCCGUGGUGGCUUUCACGCCAAAUUUCGGGAAAAUUAUUACUGGGGAAUCCAUGACUUUCAUGUGUAAUGUGGAUUCCAACAUGAAAGGAGAUCAGACUUUUUACUGGUACAAAGACAACGAGAAGAUUAAAGAAACCCAACAGAGAUUUACGAUUCAAUCUGCAAGCGUGAAUGACAGCGGAUAUUACCAAUGUCGGUCCAGCGUAACUCAUUUAAGUGACCCUGUCAGGUUGGACGUCUCCAACAGUGACCUCAUCCUACAAGCUCCUCCUAUUAUCAAUGAAGGUGAUGAUCUGAUCCUGGGAUGCCACCAUCGGUCUGGUUUGGACUUUAAACAGGUGGAAUUUUACAAGGGCGGAGUCUUUAUGAAAAUUUUGGACAGUGAUUCCAAUUUGCUGAUUGGAAAAGCCUACAAGAAUAUAACUGGGGCCUAUCGCUGCACAAAAACAAGGAAGUUGCCUUUUACUACUAACACCUACAGUGCGGAAGUGUUCAUUUCAAUCACAGAGCCGUUCCCUUACAUACAACUAAAGGCAAGUAAAGAUCCGAUAUUCGAGGGGGAGAGUGUAGUCCUCUCAUGCCAAACGGCUUUAAACUCAGAGCUGAGCCCCCUCCGUGGCAAGAAAGAGUUACAAUUGGCUUUCUACAGAGAUGGAGUGAAUGUGCAGCCAUUCAGCACGUCUGACACGUACAAAAUUUUAUCAGCUCAGCAGAAGGACUCAGGAAACUAUACUUGUGAAGUUAAGAGUUCAAUGAACAGCGUGACGAAGAUGAGCCAAGCACUUUCCAUUGAUGUGCAAGAAUUGUUUUCUCCUCCAAACCUUAUUGUGAGUUCAAACUCAAUUACAAAAGGGAGAUCUUUGGUCCUAUCAUGUGACACAACAGGAUACCCGAACAGGCAAAGCUCAAACUUGGAGUAUAAAUUCUAUAAAGAUGGAAAACCAAUGCAAACAGUUCGAUCCUCCACUAUAUACCGUAUUUACGAAGCCGACGAGGAUGAUUCUGGGGAGUAUUACUGUGAAGUUUCCGUUUCCCCCUUUUCCACCAACAAUAUAGUCAAGAGGAGCAAUAAAACAUAUAUUCUGGUUCAAGUGCCAGUACUUAAUGCAAAAAUGACAAUGGACCCCCAAGUAUCGGACAUGACAUCUGGACUUAGCGUGACUUUCAAAUGUUCCGUGCAGCGUGGCACUACUCCCUCGUAUGUAUGGCUCCACAAUGGCAAGGAAGUGGGUGGGAACUGCGUUCUAUAUGACAUAACUCAUGACGGAAAAGUGCUGUUCAUAAACUCAACACAUCUCCACCAUUCUGGAACCUAUCAAUGCCAGGCCAAAAACAGCAUCUCUGACUCCAAGAGUGAUAUCCUGAGGAUUAAUGUUACAGAACCUGUGAUCACUGCACCCCCCUCCGAGAGUGUGAAAUGUCCCAGAACAGAAUCCUCUAAUCCAUAUGUGGUUCCAGCGCUCAUCGUGGUGGCAUUGGUAGUUAUUCUUGCUUUAGCCAUAAUCUACCGAUAUCGGCGUAGGCUACCUAUACUAAGGUUCAAGUAUCAUCAAGAGCCGCUCAGUGUAUCGGGAAGGCUGGAUGAAGAUAGUCUCAUGAGUUUGGAAAAUGUUGACAACUUUGAAAGCAGAUUUUCCAAUUCCACCCAUUGAGACAUAAGGAGCCACAAAACACAGGACUCUCCGUGAAGGAACGUAGUCUGGAGAUACACAUGGGGGGGGGG